AUGGCAUCCAUUCUUGAUAUUAAACCAACACAAGAGCUCAGCGUUUACGUCAACAAGAAGCUCAUUUGCGAUCCGAAUCCAGACCCUCACGAAUCCUUGAUUGAAUUCUUGCGUCGUCAUGGCUUGACUGGAACAAAGCUUGGAUGUGCUGAAGGAGGCUGUGGUUCUUGUACUGUUUUAGUAUCUCGUUACGAUCAACCAACUAAAUCUGUCAAACACGAAUCUUUGAAUGCUUGCCUCACUCCUGCUUGUGCGGUAAACAACAGGCAUGUUGUGACAAUUGAAGGUCUUGGCACUACUGAUAAUUUACAUCCUGCUCAAGCUGCAAUCGCACACGAACAUGGAAGCCAAUGUGGUUUCUGUACUCCCGGCAUUGUCAUGUCUCUUUACACAGAACUUAAAAACAAUCCCAAUGCAACAGAUCAUGAUAUCGAAGAAGCAUUUGAUGGAAACCUCUGUCGAUGUACCGGAUACCGACCAAUUCUCGAUGGUGCUAAAAAGAGCAUGGAUAUUGAGGAAAUUGGAAAACUAAAAAAGAAAAAAGAAGUUGAAACUCAAGACAUUCCAUUUCCAGAAAAGCUUCUUGAUAUGUACACUACAAAUUCAAUUCCAAAAACAUACAUGUUUUCAAAUGGAACUACUCAAUGGUUUCAUCCAUCAACUGUCCCUGAACUUCUCGAAAUUCUUGAGAAAUUUCCAAAAUCUAAGCUUAUUCAUGGAAAUACUGAAGUUGGUAUUGAAAUUCGUUUCAAAAACCAGCAAUAUGAUACGAUUGUGAACAUGGCCGAUAUGUAUGACCUCAAGAAAACCAUUGUCACAGAAUCGGGCAUUCAUUUCGGAGCUGCGACAACAAUUUCAAGCAUACAGCAGCAACUUUUGUCCUUUGUCUCUACUCUUGAGUCAAGCAAGGUGCGUGGAUUUCAAGCUCUUCUUGACAAUAUCAAAUACUUUGCUGGCCGUCAAGUGAGAAAUGUGUCAUCUAUCGGUGGAAAUAUUUGCACAGCUAGUCCUAUCUCUGAUUUGAAUCCUGUUUGGGUCGCCAUGAAUGCAGUAUUGACGGUUAGCUCAAAAGCCAAUGGAAAUCGCCAGAUUCCCAUGCGAGAGUUCUUUUUAGGAUAUCGCAAAACUGCUCUACUACCGAGCGAAGCAGUAAUUUCCAUUUUUGCUCCUUACACUACUCCACUUGAAUACAUUGUUUCGUAUAAGCAAGCUAAACGUCGCGAUGACGACAUUGCAAUUGUCAAUGCAGCCUUAUCUGUAACUUUAGAAAAAACUUCAAGUGGAAGCUAUGUUGUUCAAGACGGAUGCUUUGCUUAUGGUGGUAUGGGCCCAACCACUCUCACUGCGCCAAAAACUCUUGAAUUCAUUCGUGGAAAAAUAUGGACACGAUCACUUGUUGACCAAAUGUCACUUUUGCUAUUGGAUGAUAUGCCUAUGAGUGCAACUGCGCCUGGUGGACAGGUUGAAUACCGCAAAUCUCUUGCUCAAAGCUUUAUGGCAAAGUUUGUUUUGCACGUUUGCCAUGAAUUAUCGGAGACGGAUCAAUCGCUGCUGUUGGCAUCCAGGGAAAUAUCUGUUUUGAAGCCUAUUGAGCGACCACUUUCAUCUGGUGCUCAAGUGUUUACUGAAAGCACCGGAUCAGAUCCUGUAGGAAAAUCAAAAAUGCACACCUCGGCUCUCAAACAAGUAACUGGACAAGCUACAUACUUGGACGACAUUCCACUUCAGAAAGAUGAACUUCAUGCUGUUGCUGUUGGAAGUACUAUUGCGCACGGCCGUAUUCUUUCGAUUGAUGCAUCUGCUGCACUUGCCUAUGAUGGUGUGAUUGAUUUUAUCACCUACAAAGAUAUAGACAAUGGCAACACGGCUCCAGACCGUCCAAAUCUAAACAUUACUGGUCCAGUUUUUAAAGAUGAGGAAUUAUUUGCUUCCAAAAAUAUAGUUUAUUAUGGUCAAAUGAUUGGCAUGAUAAUUGCCAAGACUGACCGACAGGCUCGUGCUGCUUCUAAACUGGUCAAAAUUCAAUACGAGACUUUGAAGCCUAUUAUUACCAUGGAAAGUGCCAUUGCAGCCAACUCGUUUUUUGAGUCUGAGCGUCGUAUUAAAACUGGUGAAUUUGAUCCUAAGCGUGCUCGUGUUGGUGCUCCUUUGAGUGAUGCUGUGCACCAUGUCAAGGGAACUGUUCGUAUCUCUGCUCAAGAGCAUUUCUAUUUGGAAACUCACUGCUCCAUUGUAGUCCCACACGAGGACGAGUAUGAAGUAUACUCUAGCACUCAAAAUCCCACCGAGACUCAGCAUUUAGUUAGUUGUGUUCUUGGUAUUCCAUCCCACCGCGUUGUUUGUCGUGUAAAGCGUCUUGGUGGUGGAUUUGGAGGGAAAGAAACACGACCAGCUUACAUUUCUUGUGCUUUAGCUAUUGCUGCUCGUAAACAUCGUCUUCCGGUCAGAUGUGUUUUGACUCGUGAAGAAGAUAUGAGUACUUCUGGUACUCGCCAUCCGUUUUUGGCCAACUAUGAUGUUGGAUUUACUGAUCAAGGCAAACUGAUUUCUGCCGAGCUGGAUGUGUUUUGUAAUGGUGGCCAUUCGAUGGAUCUUUCACUUUCUAUCAUUGAACGAUGCAUAACCCACUCUGACAAUGCUUACUAUAUUCCCAACAUGAAUUUGUUUGGUCGAAUUUGCAAAACGAAUCUGCCAUCCAACACUGCAUUCCGAGGAUUCGGUGGUCCUCAGGGAAUGAUGGUUGCUGAGCAAUACAUUACCCAUGUUGCAAACUAUUUAUCCAAACCUGUUGAAGAAAUACGUCGUCUUAACCUGUACAAGGAUGGACAGAUCACCCACUUUAACAUGCCACUGGAAAAGGUGUAUUUGGACCGAUCGUUUUCGGAAGUAUUGGCUUCAUCGGAUUACGAGAACCGAUUGGCAGCUGUCAAAGAAUUCAAUCGAAACAACAAAUAUCGUAAGCGUGGUAUUACAAUCAUGCCCACCAAGUUUGGUUUGGCGUAUACUGCUCGCUGGCUAAAUCAAGCUGGUGCACUUGUUCAUGUGUACACGGAUGGCUCUGUCCGCCUCUCCCACGGCGGUACGGAAAUGGGUCAGGGUCUUCAUACUAAAAUCACUCAGAUAGCAGCACAGGCGUUUGGGAUUGAUAUGAAUGAUUGUUAUAUCUCGGAAACUCGCACAGACCAAGUCCCCAACACUAGUGCAACCGCUGCCUCUGUGUCGUCUGAUAUCAAUGGCAUGGCGGUCUUGAAUGCCUGCAAUGAGAUUUUGGAGCGAUUGAAGCCUAUCAGGGAGAAAUAUCCCGAGGCUAAAUGGCACGAACUUAUCAAAAAAGCAUACCUGGAGCAAAUCAAUCUUUCUGCCAAUGGUUUCUUUGCUACACCUGAUCUCAAUCAUUCUUGGGAAGCCAACACGGGCCGCAUGUUCAAUUAUUUUACAUACGGCGCAGCCGUGACUGAAGUCGAGAUAGACACUCUUACAGGUGACCACGUUGUUCUUCGUAGUGAUAUCAAUAUGGAUAUUGGAUGUCCUAUCAAUCCCGCAAUUGAUAUUGGGCAAAUUGAGGGAGCCUUUACACAGGGACUAGGAUGGUGUACGAUUGAAGAGCCGCUGGUUUCUGCUACGACUGGAUUUCAUAUCACUCGUGGGCCUGGCAUGUAUAAGAUCCCUGGAUUCAAAGAUAUACCUGCUGAUUUCCGUGUGACAGUUAUGGACGGUGUUCGUAAUGAGCGCGCUAUCCACUCUUCAAAAGCGGUUGGCGAACCGCCAUUGUUUCUUGGAGCGUCUGUGUUUUUUGCUCUACGUGAAGCAAUUCAGGCUGCUAGAAUUGAAAACGGGGCAUCUGCUGAGCACUACCGUUUGGAUUCUCCAGCCACUUCUGAACGUAUUCGUAUUGCCUGUAAUGAUGUGUUUGUUCGUCAGGCCAGCACACCUCUCAAGGAAACCGAACUACCAUGGAGUGUUGCAGCAUAA